AUGGAAACAUGCAACAACGCUCGGACAUACGGCGAUCUCUUGGUGAAGCAAUUCAUACGGUCAUUAAAAGGCAACGCCUUCGACUGGUACAUCGACCUAGAGGCUGGUUCCAUCGACAGUUGGGAGCAGUUGGAGUACGAGUUCUUGAACCUGUUCUACAGCACGAAAAGAACCGUCAGUAUGACAGAACUCACCAAUACUUGUCAAUGGAAAGAUGAACCAACAAUCGAAUACAUCAACCGCUUGAGGAUUCUGAGCUUGAAUUGCAAAGACUGGCUGCCCGAGGCCUCCGGUAUAAAGAUGUGCGUCCAAGGAAUGCACUGGGGGUUGAAAUAUAUCCUGCAAGGGAUCCGACCCCGCACUUUCGAAGAACUUGCUACCCGCGCUCAUGACAUGGAGUUAAGCAUCUUUGACGAUCUACUCAGAGAAAACCUCGUUGAACUUCCGAAUUCAAAAAGACCGGAGAAAGCUGGAAAGGUUGAUGACCCAAGAUACUGCAAAUACCAUCGUGUCAUAGGACAUCUCAUCCAUAACUGUUUCAUCUUUAAAGACAAAGUCAUGGAGUUGGUUCGUGAAGGAAAGAUCACUCUUGAAGACGAUUUUGCUAUUGUUAAUGUCACUUCAAUCAUGUUCGGGUCUCUCAAAGUUGACAUAAAAGACGAAGAAUCAUAUUGCCUCACUACUGAGAAAGAUGGCAAGGCGGUCGGAGACAAAUCGAGUGAAGAAUGUGCCAUGAUAACUUUCACUGAUGAAUAUUUAAUGUUAGGAUCCAAACCCCAUAAUCGUCCAUUACUGGUCGUGGUUUAUAUCCAUGAGCAAAGGAUUAGCCAGAUAUUCUUAGACGGAGGAGCCGCAGUCAACGUCCUUCCUCUAUACACAUUGCAACAAUUGAGAAUACCAGUAGAUCGAUUGUUCGAGAGUCGUAUGACAAUACAUAGAUACAAUCAAGAGGGACAAAGAGCACUUGGCACUAUAAGAUUGAGACUGCUAAUCGAUGAAAUGGAAACUAACCCUUUGUUCUAUGUCAUAGAUGCAAAGACAUCUUUCAACGUUCUUUUGGGAAGACCAUGGAUAUAUGAGAAUGGUGUAGUUCUAUCAACGUGGCACCAAUGCUUCAAAUACACUCAAAAUGGAGUGACAAAGAAAGUUCUCGGAGACACAAUGUAUGCCCCGAUUUCGGAGUAUAUAAAAUAA